UCUGGCAACCUGGCAACUGACUGCAGGAGAAAGCGGCGAAAUCUAAUGAAAACAUCUCAAUUUUUUGCACAUAUUUCGGUGUAGUUGUGGUGAAGGUUGUAAGGAAAAGUGAUUGACGUGAUUGGGCUUGCAACCUAAAGGAAGAAGAAAAAGCUUUUCUCUUCGCAGCAACUUCUAAAUCCGUGGCGUUCGAUCAAAAGCAUAUUGUGGGGUCACUAAACUCCCGACUGAUCCUCUAUCGACGAUGGAAUAUAUCUAUAGGUAGACCGGUUAAAACUAUUAUUCGAAUUGCCCGUUUCGGAUCGGAAAAAUCAAUUGCGUAUUAGACUGCUAGAAAACAGCUGAUUGCUCAAUAACAUAACAGUAACAAGAUGGCACUGCUUCCGCCAGAUCCCGUUUACUGUUUGAAAUCUCCGGAUCUCUGCUCAUUUCGCUCGUUGUGCUUCCAUAGUUCCGAACGGCUGCAUGCUGGUACUACUAAGGGUACCGUCCAACUGUGGGAUCUACAGAGCAACCGAACCAGCUAUCAACUGUCAGUGGGCACCAGUCCCAUCAUCAAUAUCGCACACACCGAAGAUGCCUUGAUCACUCAGGAAAAGGAAGGCUACGUGAAACUGUGGGAACUGACCAAUUCGGCGUAUGUUCUUCGACACGAGAUCGUAACAGGUCACGUUGGUUUCUGUCGUUUUGUUUACCUCGGCUCGCGUAACCCGGCCAUACCGUCGACUGUGAUAAUUCCUAAGAAUGGACCGAACAUCUCAAUUCUUUGCGCACGUACUUUUUGCGAACGUGAAAAGUUGUGUGAGCCGACAGUAAAUGGAAAAAGACACCCGUUGCUCCCUCCGCUAGGUACGGUGAUGUGUUUAACACCUAUCGAGCUAGAAGGUGGCAUCUACUUACUGGCCGGUUAUGAAUCCGGUACCAUCAUUCUCUGGGACCUGACUACAUUCAAACCGAUGACCCAUUUACAGUUAUAUCGUAAUGAAUGCCCGAUGGAUCUGGAUUACGAUCCAGUCACGAACCGGGGUGUCUGUGGAGGAUCUUCUAACGAAAUUACUGUCUUCUCAAUCGACCGCAAAACAUUUGAAUUAGAGAAAAAGUCUAUGAUAAUUAUUAAAAACCCCGGAGUUCACCGGCUGAAGAUCCGCAAAGACUUAAAGGUGUUCGCUAGUGCCGGCUGGGAUGGGAGAAUUCGGAUAUUUUCCUGGAAAAGUCUACGGCCCCUAGCCGUACUUACUGAGCACAAAGGCGAACUUAUGGACAUUGUCUUUUCGGACGAAAAAGUAUCCAUGUGGAAGGCGGUCAUCAUGGCGGCAGCCGGUUCUGAUGGGCAAAUAUCGCUCUGGAAUCUGUAUAACUAAGGAUGAGUUGCAUUUUUUUUAUUAUACGUUUCGAUUUUUAUUCGUUACUUACUAGAUUCCCAAAAUAGUUACUUUGAGUAAACUGCCGGGCAAUCGGCUAAUAUAAUUCUAGUUAAAUUAUUACUGUAUUUACAUUUAUUAAUAUAUAUAACGAUAACCACAUUGUUGACUAUGAAAAAAAUCUUACUUCAGCUGGACGCGUUACUAAUUUUAAAGCAGUUGCUCCUGGCUAGCUAAGAAUUGAACAAAUAUCUGAUCAACGGCGUUUCUACGACUAGAAUAUAUAUCAUUAUUUUUCUAAAAAUUUA